GGGUCGAGCAUGGAGUUCGCCACGGGGGCGAUGAGCUCUCUCCUCCCCAAGCUGGGGGAGCUUCUCAAGGAGGAGUACAAGCUGAAGGAGAGUGUGAAGAAGGGGAUAGAAGAACUCGAGGCUGAGCUUGAGAGCAUGCAAGCAGCCCUUGUCAAGGUGUCCAGCGUGCCGCUGGAUCAACUCGACCGGCAGGUCAAAAUUUGGGCUAAUGAGGUCAGGGAGUUGUCCUACGCCAUCGAGGACAGCCUUGACUCCUUCGUGACGCGUGUUGAGGGUGUUGAGCCAACCAAGACCAAAAUCAAGCACUUAUUGAAGACGGCCCGCGGUGAGCUCACCAAGUUCAAGGCAUGGCAUGAAAUGGCCAAUGACAUCAAAAAUAUCGAGAGCCAAGUUAGGAAGAUCAAGGAACGGCGCGACAAGUACAAGAUCGAUGAUGUUGUUGGUAAUCUUGCAACAACUACAGUUGAUCCUCGUCUCUCAUCUCUAUACAACAAGGUAUCUGACCUUGUUGGUAUUGAUAAGGCGAUUGAUGAGCUAGUGAAGGUCUUGUCCGAUGGGGUUGAGAUGUUUGAAAAUAAUCUCAAGAUAGUCUCCAUUGUUGGAUUUGGAGGAUUGGGAAAGACAACUCUUGCAAAAGCAUUGUAUGACAAGCUUAGCAAAACAUAUCAGUGUCAAGGUUUUGUUCCAGUGGGUCAGAAUCCAAACACGAAGAAAGUUCUCAGGGACAUCCUGCUUGAACUUAACACCGAGCUAUACAGAGACGCAGCCACAAUGGAUGAAAGGAAGUUGAUCAACCAGCUGCAAAAGGUCCUUGCAGGCAAAAGGUACUUUAUUGUUAUUGAUGACAUCUGGGAUACACAAACAUGGGAAACAAUUAAGUGUGCUUUCGUGGAUAGUCAUCCGAAAAGUAGAUUAAUCAUAACUACCCGUAUUGUUGAUGUUGCCACGAAAGCUGUGGUAUCUACCACAUGCAACCACUUUCUGAAGAUUACUCCAAAAUGUUAUUCUAUACAAGAACAUCUGGUAGUGAAGGACCUGCUGAAGUGACUACAAUAAUUUUAAAGAAAUGUGGUGGCGUGCCAUUAGCUAUCACUACAAUAGCUAGCUUGCUUGUUGCUAAACACAGGAAGGACUGGUCUAAGGUAUAUGAUGCCAUAGGUUUUGGGCAUGAAGAGAAUGAUGAUGUUCGUAACACAAGAAAGAUAUUAUCUUUUAGUUAUUAUGAUCUAUCUUCCAAUCUAAAGACAUGUUUAUUGUAUCUUAGUGUGUUUCCUGAAGAUUGUUUAAUUGAUAAAAUAUCACUGAUAUGGAGGUGGGUUGCCGAAGGAUUUAUACCAUAUCGAGAAGGGAUGGAGUCAUUUGAACUUGGAGAGAUCUAUUUCAACAAGCUUGUAAACAAGAGCAUGAUACGGUGGAUAGAUCCUGAAGAUAAUGAUUUCUGAGGUGGUUGUCGUGUCCAUGACAUGGUGCUCGAUCUCAUCCGCACCAUAUCAAAUGAUGUAAAUUUUGUUACAAUACAUGAUAUGGAGCAGCAUGGCACAUGUUCACGAGGAAAACGAACCCACUGGGUUCGCAAAUUAGCAGUUCAUGGAAGUGGGGAACACAGCGCUAGCAUUGCAAUGGAGCAUGUAAGGUCAUUUAGUGUUGUCGAGUGCAGUGCCAAUAGUAUGCCCCUGCUUUUUUAGCUUUAAAGUACUGCGUGUGCUAGUUAUUGAGGACUGUGUUUUCCCCGAAGGUAGCUGUCUUGAGCAUCUCGGUAAGUUGGUGCAGCUGAGGUACCUGGGAGUAGUGAAGACAAUGGUCAAGAUCCCGGAAGGAAUAGGACAUGAGCUGAAGUUUCUUGAGAUACUGGA